AUGGGCAAAAUCGCAAAGAUGGAGUACUUUCGGGUACCCCCGAGGUGGCUGUUCGUCAAGAUCACCGACGAGGCGGGCAACGUCGGCUGGGGCGAGGCUUCGUUGGAGGGCCACACCCAGGCCGUCGAGGGGUGCCUCGACGCGUGGUUUGAGAGAUACUCGGGCAUGGAGGCAGACGACAUCGAGCACAUCUGGCAGAUGUCAUGGCGGACGACCUUUUACCGGGGCGGCCCCGUCUUCAUGAGCGCGUUGGCCGGCAUCGACAUUGCUCUGUGGGAUCUCAAGGCGAGGAAACUCGGUCUCCCCAUCUGGCAGCUCCUGGGCGGAAAGGUCAGAGAUAAGCUCAAGGUCUACGCGUGGAUCGGCGGCGACAGGCCGAACGACGUCGAGCAGCAAGCACUCGCCCGCAAGGAACAGGGCUUCAAGGCCGUCAAGAUGAACGCCACCGAGGACCUCGGCUGGCUCGACUCCCCCUCGGCCCUGGACGCCGCCGUUGAGCGCGUCAAGGCCGUCAAGGCGCUCGGCCUGGACGCCGGCGUCGACUUCCACGGCCGCGUCCACAAGCCCAUGGCCAAGCAGCUCGCCAAGGCCCUCGAGCCCCAUCGUCCGCUCUUCAUCGAGGAGCCCCUGCUGUCGGAGCACAUCGGCGGCAUCAAGGAGAUCAGCGGGCUGACCUCGAUCCCCAUCGCCCUCGGCGAGCGCCUCCACAGCCGCUGGGACGUCAAGCCCUUCCUCGAGGCCGGCUGCGUCGACAUCCUGCAGCCCGACAUCUCGCACGUCGGCGGCAUCUCCGAGAUGCGCCGCAUCGCCGCCAUGGCCGAGGCCUACGACGUCGCCCUGGCGCCGCACUGCCCGCUCGGCCCCAUCGCCCUGGCCGCCAACGCCCAGGUCGACUUCGCCUCGCCCAACUUCGUCAUCCAGGAGAUGAGCCUGGGCAUCCACUACAACAGCACGGGGCAGGACCUGACGAGCUACACGCACAACCCGGAGGUGUGGAAGGUGACGGACGGCUACAUCGACCUGCUGACGGGUCCCGGGCUGGGCAUCGAGAUCGACGAGGCCCAGGUCCGCGAGCUUUCCAAGGACUCCAAGGCGUGGGUGAGCCCCGGGUUCAUCGGGCCGGGUGGUGAGAUUAGAGAGUGGUAG